CGGGUCCUGGCCCAGCUGGCUCCCAGAGGCGGGCUAGGCCUCCUUAGGGCUGGGGGCCUUGCCCUCCGUGAGGGGCCUCCCCUCGCUCCACGGCGUGUGAGCAGCCUCUGGCUUGGGCUGUGAUUGCGCUGCGGGUCUCUCUCCCUUUCUGGGGUGCCACUUGGCCUUCCAGGGUGCAUCACCUCAGAAAGAGCUCCCCGGAUCUGUGGCUCUGCUUAUGGGCUGCCCAGCCUUCUUUCUGCUUCUCUGUAGGGUGGAAAAGUAGCUAGGGAAAAAUUGUUAUUGAGUGUUGAUAGAGCCUUUGGUUGGUGAGAGAACAUAAAAGGAGUGUUGAUAGAGCCUUUGGUUGGUGAGAGGAGAACAUAAAAGGAGUGAAUGCUGUUAUAUAACGUAGCAAUAAGCAGGCAAACUGAGGCACGUAGCGUCAGAGACUUAGCCAAAGUACAAAAUCAAAGCCAGGAAGACCAGGAUUGCUGGGUUCGUAAAGCUUUGGCAUGUUUCAUCUCUGAAGAGGAAGCCCCUUGUGCCAGUCUUGUGUUGCCUUGUGACUUGUUUCCAGGAUUUUAUUUUUAAGAGGCUUCUGUUUUGAAACUCUUAAUUGCAAUUUGCAGGUAAAUGGAGAAAUUGCUGGAGAAUUUAACAGAAUCGAGAUGGAAGAACCCGUGCUUGAUAAAUUGUCAUCUUUGUGCCAUACUCCAAAGGAUUCUGGGACAGCAGCUCCACAGGGGACUAGUUCAGGGAAACAGCCAAUGAGUGCAGCUCUGAGGGAGCGAUUAAGGAAAACAAGACGUUCAUUUAAUGCUAAUUUUACAGUGGCAAAGCGGCUUAAAAUAGAUGCUGAAGAAAAAGACUGUGCUGAUGCUGACAAAGGGUGCCUGCCAAAGACAAGUACAGAUUGUUCCCGAUUACAAGGUGGUUCUGAAAACCUGGAAAGAAACAGCACUGGACAUACAUGUUUCAGAAGUCCCUUACAGGAGAGUGGUCUCUGUGGAUCAGCAGAGAAUUCUGAUGUGCUACAGGUUGAUCUUAGUCAGCAACAGUCCCUGGAAGAAAAAGUAAGGCUGGUGAAACAAGUGCAAGAGAAGGAAGAGCUACUUCGAAGGCUCAAACUGGUUAAGAUGUACCGAUCUAAGAACAACCUGUCUGAGCUGCAGGCUUUGAUAGUGAAAUGGAGAAAUAGUACCCAGCUGAUGCUAUAUGAACUACAGUCAGCCUUUUCUGGAGAUGGCAAGAAAGUGAGUCUCACUCAGCUGAUAGAUACUUUUGGAUUAGAAGACCAGUUAUUGCACUACAGCAGAACAGAAGAAGAUUUUGUCGAUGCAUAAUCUACAGGUGCAAAGUUUUCAAUUACACACAGGAAAAAAUAAAAAGACUGAAUGAAUUCUGAUCACAUAAGAAGUGUUGAUCAGACAGUGGACUUUAUGCUUUGAGGUUAGGAGGUUUUCUAAGGAGAUACUUGUAAAGCUAUGUACCUAGAUAAAGUAGGCACUGUAAAAGGCAUUACUUAAUGGAAAAGAUCGAACUCCUGCUGUUUUGGAAAACCUGUUUUAACAACUUGAUCAGUGAAUUGUUAUUUAAUAAAAAUAAGAAUAAAUCAAGUCAUACUUUAACAGGUAGAAGGCAGUCCAUUCUUUGAUUAGUCUUUGCAUGGUUACUUGUCUUGAAAUAAAGAACUCAAAUUAAUUGUCACUUCUGUUGAUGUUCAGAUGGGGAAGAGUUCAGUUCUUUGUUCAUAGAUACAUCCCCAUUUUACAAAUGUCUUCCUGCUGCCAGUCAGUUAAUGACAGCAUUUUGCAAGUUAAGUAAAGAUAACUAAUUUUCACGUUAAUAUUCUGAAGCUGCAAUGAGAUGUUCUCAAUAGCUUUAAUUAUUACUGAGGGAAAUGUGCCAUAAUGCAAUCAUUUUCAGAUACUGGUCCAGACAGUUGUCUUUAGUGAAGCUGUCUCUUGAGCAUUCUGCCACAGCCUGAGAUAAUAGAAGGGAAGGCAAGAAAAUUGCAACCAACAUCUGUCUACUCUACUACUUCACGUGAGAGCCAAGGUGUUUUCUCUCUUCAAAUAAAUAAGAAAAACAAGGCCUUGUCUAAUGGGAGUGCUUCAAAUACAGCAUCAUAAUGCUGAAUAAAACUUCAGCAUUUCA